CUGUUCUGGGAUGGGCGAACUGACACGCCUCUCUCAACGCGGAUGUUUGUCCAGCCUAUAUAGCAGAGGACAGCUCAGGAAACCAGGGCGGAGAACUGGAAGAGCAGCAGCGCAUCUUCUUAACACCCAACAUCUGUCUACGGUCUAUACCAGGUCCUCAUCAUCACGAUGGCACACAAAGAGUUUGAGACUGCAGGGAAGAAGCCUGGCCUGCAGGUGUGGCGGGUGGAGAACAUGGAUCUGAAACCUGUUCCCCCUGCACUCUAUGGAGACUUCUUCACCGGAGAUGCUUACAUCUUGCUUUACACCACCAAGGCUCCCUCAUACAAUGUUCAUUCAUGGAUUGGCGAUGAAGCUUCCCAGGAUGAGAGUGGGGCAGCUGCCAUUUUCAUAACUCAGCUGGAUGACCACCUGAAAGGAGCUGCAAUCCAGUACAAUGAAUUUCAAAACCAAGAGUCAACCACCUUCCUGGGCUACUUCAAGUCUGGCAUCAAAUACAAGAAAGGUGGAGUUGCCUCAGGCUUUAAACAUGUGGUAACCAAUGAUGUAGAUGUCAAACGCCUGCUGCACUUGAAAGGUCGUCGACCAGUCAGAGCAACUGAGGAGGAUCUGUCCUGGCAAAGCUUUAACAAAGGAGACUCCUUCAUCAUUGAUCUGGGAAAGAACAUUUACUGCUGGUUUGGCAGUGAAGCAAAUCACUUUGAGAAGCUCAAAACCACUCAGAUGGCCCGAGAUAUUCGUGAUAAUGAGCGAAAUGGCCGCGGUGAAGUCCAUACAAUUGAUGAAGGUAAAGAGCCAGAAGCUGUGACAAAGGUACUUGGACCCAAGCCUGAUCUCGCACCAGGAGGCAGUGAUACAGAUGUUGAAAAGACAAACAGGAACAAGGCGUCACUUUAUCUGAUAUCUGAUGCUGCUGGUGCCAUGAAGACAUCUUUGGUGGCUGAUAAAAACCCAUUCAAACAAGAUAUGCUCAACCAGAAUGAUUGCUACAUCUUGGACAAUGGAUUGAAUAAUAAUAUAUUUGUCUGGAAAGGACAGAAAGCAAGUAAAGAGGAGCGCAAAGCAGCGAAGGCUGCUGCUGACAAGUUUAUCGCAGACAAAAAUUACUCCAGUAAAACUCAGGUCCUGAUAGUGCCAGCAGGGAGUGAGCCCACCAUGUUUAAGCAGUUCUUCUUCAAAUGGUUUGAAGGGAAUAUCACAGGCCCAGGGCAGACCCACACAGUUGGUCGUAUUGCCAAGGUGGAGCAGAUUCCCUUCGACCCAUCCAAUCUCCACAACAACCCCGCCAUGGCUGCCCAGUAUGGCGUGGUUGAUGAUGGCUCUGGGAAAGUUCAGAUUUGGCGUGUGGAAGGAGGCGAUAAGGUAGCAGUGGACAAAUCCACCUAUGGACAGUUCUUUGGAGGUGACUGUUACUUGGUGCUGUACUCUUACAACAGUGGAAGCAGAGAGAAGCACAUCAUUUACACCUGGCAAGGGCAGAAAUGCACUCAGGAUGAACUGACUGCUUCGGCCUUCCUCACCGUCAAGCUGGAUGAUUCCAUGGAUGGAGUAGCAACACAGGUUCGGGUCACUCAAGGUAAAGAACCCCCCCAUCUUGUGAGCUUGUUUAAGGACAAGCCCAUGGUCAUCCAUCAGGGUGGGACAUCCCGCAAGUGUGGCGAGACUAAGCCAAGCAGCACACGGCUCUUUCAUAUCCGCAAGAGCGGCAACAAUACCACACGAGCUGUUGAGGUGGAGCCCACUGCAUCCUCUCUGAACACCAAUGAUGUGUUUGUGCUGAAGACUCCUGAUUGCCUUUUCCUGUGGAAGGGAAAGGGUGCAAGUUCAGAUGAGAUGGCUGCAGCUAACUAUGUUGCCAGCCUCCUUGGAGGAACUGCUACUGGGGUGGAGGAGACACAGGAGCCAGCUGUUUUCUGGGCUGCUCUGGGUGGUAAGAAAGAAUACCAGACGUCCAAGGCCCUUCAGGGAGUGGUCCGACAACCACGACUGUUUGGAUGUUCAAACAAAACUGGCAGGCUAACAGUUGAGGAAGUUCCCGGGGACUUCUCACAGAUCGAUCUGGCCACUGAUGAUGUCAUGAUUCUGGACACAUGGGAUCAGAUCUUUGUUUGGAUUGGAAACGAAGCAAAUGAAACGGAGAAACUUGAAUCACCUAAGAUGGCCAAACAAUAUGUGGAUUCAGACCCCUCUGGCCGCCGUGGUACCCCGAUCACCAUCCUUAAGCAGGGGGAAGAGAUCCCGUCCUUCACCGGAUGGUUCCAAGCUUGGGACCCAAAGAUGUGGUCCCAAAAUCUUUAUGCCCAGUAGAAUUAAAUUGGAAUAAACGCAUAUUUUAAGCAUCUCUGAAAAAUCUGGAUAGUUUUGAUGUUUGCCAUUUUUUGUUGACCUUAAAGCAUAAAUUGGCACCUAAGAUGGAACUUCUCUGCAGGUGAAGUGCAGAUGCAAAUAUGUGCUUGAAGCUGUGGUGCAGGUUAAAACGUAACCCAUCCGAUUUCCAACCCAUUUUUUCAGAGUAAAAAAAAAAAAAAUAUAUAUAUAUAUAGUCAAGCUACUGUUUAAGAAAAGAAAAGUACAUUGGCUUUUACACAAAAUAACAUUACAAUCUUCAUAAAUGUUAUAGAAGAGAAGUAAUAAUUAAUUUAAGGCAAUAUCUACAUAAGUGCAUUCAGGCUCUUUUCAGCAGCUGUCAGUGCUGUGUUCCAGUAACAUGUGUAACCCAAAGAAAAUGUAUCAUCUUAAAGUUUUUCUAAUAAAUGAAGGCUGUUUGAGGCUAUAGGAGAAAAUGACCAGAUAACUGAAAUUUUCAUACAGCAGCUUUAGGUAUUCUCAUGACAAACCAACAAAAUUUGGCUCUUGGAGAUAUCAUUUAAUGAAUCUGUCAUUUAAGGACCUGUGAGGUGUCUGUUUUGGAACCAAAAGGUUUCUGAUUUAGCUGUCCUACUCAGUUGUGCUCUCUAGUUUUCAGUCAGAGCCACUUAUUCCUGUUUUGUAAAAGCACUACACGUAAUUUUUUUGUUUUGUUUACUUGAGACUAUAACCAAACUCACUGACUCAGCUUCACAAACUUUAGAUGUGCUGAGAUGAUUGUAAUUGAAUGAUUAAUGAAUUUAAUGGGAUAGACUUGCUUUAGGUGACUCAGCGUGCUAUUACAACAGAUGAAUGGCAGUUGGUGAAAACGGGCCUGUGUGUGUCAGCAUAGAUAU